UCUCUCUGGAGAGGAAUGGGACCUCUGCUUUGAUUCAGUCUCUCUGGAGAGGAAUGGGACCUCUGCUUUGAUUCUGUCUCUCUGGAGAGGAAUGGGACCUCUGCUUUGAUUCUGUCUCACUGGAGAGGAAUUGGACCUCUACUUUGAUUCUGUCUCACUGGAGAGGAAUUGGACCUCUGCUUUGAUUCUGUCUCUCUGGAGAGGAAUUGGACCUCUGCUUUGAUUUGUGAUUAGCUCAAAGCUACCAUGUCUACUGGAGAUGAUCUCUCAUCACGUCAAUGCUGGAGGUUUAAUAUCACAUCGAUCAGCAGAGUAUCUGUUAUAUCUGUCUGAUCAGCAGGGUAUCUGUUAUAUCUGUCUGAUCAGCAGAGUGUCUGUUAUAUCUGUCUGAUCAGCAGGGUAUCUGUUAUAUCUGUCUGAUCAGCAGAGGAUCUGUUAUAUCUGUCUGAUCAGCAGGGUAUCUGUUAUAUCUGUCUGAUCAGCAGAGGAUCUGUUAUAUCUGUCUGAUCUGUUAUAUCUGUCUGAUCAGCAGAGGAUCUGUUAUAUCUGUCUGAUCUGUUAUAUCUGUCUGAUCAGCAGAGGAUCUGUUAUAUCUGUCUGAUCUGUUAUAUCUGUCUGAUCAGCAGGGUAUCUGUUAUAUCUGUCUGAUCUGUUAUAUCUGUCUGAUCAGCAGAGUAUCUGUUAUAUCUGUCUGAUCAGCAGGGUAUCUGUUAUAUCUGUCUGAUCAGCAGAGGAUCUGUUAUAUCUGUCUGAUCAGCAGGGUAUCUGUUAUAUCUGUCUGAUCUGUUAUAUCUGUCUGAUAGAUGAACGUAAAGACCAUGAUGAUCCAGUCUCAGCCAGAGCAGAAAGGACUGAGAAACAGGGAUGCAGGAGAUCUCAAUGUGUCCUCUGCAGGCAAGGAUUUGCACACAGCACACACACAGAACCAGGAAGUUUCGUAUUACUCUUGUGGAGGCCACGCCUCUUCCUCUGCACAAACAAGGAAAUCGAAAGUUCUCUCUGAUACUCCUCUGCGCCGUUUGUUAGUGAGUGUCAAAAUGGCAGAGGCAUUUUUUGAAGAUCGGGAUUCAUUUGGCUGUUCAAUCUGCUUGGAUAUACUGAAGGAUCCGGUGACUACUUCCUGUGGACACAACUACUGUAUGUGCUGUAUUGAGGGCUGCUGGGAUCAGGACGAUCUGAAAGGUGUUUACAGCUGCCCAGAGUGCCGACAGACCUUUGCCCAGAGGCCUGUUCUGAACAGAAACACGUUGCUGGCUAAAGUGGUGGAGAAACUGAAACAUACUGCUCUUCAUGCUGCUCCUCCUGCUGCUGCUCCUGCUGCUCCUCCUGCUGCUCCUCCUGCUGCUCCUCCUGCUGCUCCUCCUGCUGCUCCUCCUGCUGCUCCUCCUGCUGCUCCUGCUGCUGCUCCUCCUGCUGCUCCUCCUGCUGCUCCUCCUGCUGCUCCUCCUGCUCUCUGUUAUGCUGGACCUGGAGAUGUGGAGUGUGAUUUCUGCACUGGGAGAAAACACAAAGCCCUCAUGUCCUGUCUGGCGUGUCUGGUCUCUUACUGUGAGACUCACCUCCAGCCUCACUAUAAUUUCCCUGCCUUAAAGAAGCACAUGCUGGUCAAAGCCUCCACGCAACUACAGGAGAAGAUCUGCUCUCAACAUGACAAACUGCUGGAGGUUUACUGUCGUACCGAUCAGCAGUGCAUCUGUUAUCUGUGUACCAUGGAUGAACAUAAAGGCCAUGAUACAGUCUCAGCUGCAGCAGAGAGGACUGAGAAACAGAAGCAGGUGGGGGAGAAACAACAGAAAUCCCAGCAGAGAAUCCAGGAGAGAGAGAAGGAGAUGCAGGAGCUGAGACGGGCUGUGGACUCUCUGAAGCUCUCUGCACAGGCAGCCGUGGACGACAGCGAGAGGAUCUUUGCUGAGCUGAUCCGCACCAUGGAGACACGGUGCUCUGAGGUGAAGGAGCUGAUCAGAGACCAGGAGAAGGCUGAAGUGAGUCAGGCAGAAGGCCUCCUGGAGCGACUGGAGCAGGAGGUGGCUGAGCUGAGGAGGAGAGAUGCUGAGCUGUUGCAGUUCUCUCACACAGAGGACAACAUCCACUUCCUCCAGAGGUUCAAAGACCACAGUGCCCCCCCUGUUUCUGAAGAGAUGCCCGCCAUCAUCCUUAACCAAAGUCAUGAUUUUAAGACGGUGAUGACCUCUGACCUCCAGGAAAAGCUAAUGCUCUGCUGUGAGGAGGGAGUAGUGGAGAUAUCAGCAGCAGUGAAAGCUGUCCACAUACUGCAGUCAGCAGAGCCAAGCACCCAAGCAGCAGCAUCUGUCGCACAAUAUCACGGAAAGUAUUAUCAAAAAUACUCUUUCAAGGAUAGAUGUGUUCAUUGUCACAAGGGGAAAAUGAGGCAUGGCCCCAUGGGUAAAUGUUUAUGGUUUAAUUAAGGAGUGAUAAUACUAUCCUCAUCUUGUAGAUAAACUAUGUGCCCUUAAAAGGAGCAGGAGAGAGUGUGUUUGUUGUGUGUCACAGUUCCACUUUUACUUUUACUUCACUACAUUCCUAGAUAAGUUAACGUUUACUCCACUGACACCCAAAAGUACUAGUUUUAGAAUGCUUAGCAGGACAGGAACAUGAUCCAAUUCACGCCCUUAUCAAGAGAACAUCCCUGGUCCUCCCUACUGCCUCUGAUCUGGCGGACUCAAUAAACACAAAUGCUUCAUUUGUAAAGGAUGUCUGAGUGUUGGAGUGUGACCCUGACUAUCUGUAAAUACAAAUAAAUAACAUAAAAAAUG